CUGGUUACGUAAUGUCGGGAGAAGAGCUGUUGACACGCUACCCAACUGUCCUUCAUUGUACCCAUAGAUUGAUCACAACCGAAGUUGUGUGGCUUCUUGAGUUACAUUCAUGAAAAUGUAUAAACACGCUCAGUAGAUGUGCAGUGAGCGUAACGUUUAACACAGUUUGGCCGGGUAUUUCACUUCCUCGUUCGUCAACAUGGCGGGUGUCGGGAUACUCGGUGUGGUGGUGCUAGUGGGAUGGAUACAGCUGACACAGGGUACCGGAACAAACGUUGCUCAGAACAAAACCGCAUGGAUGAGUACACGCUUUUGGUCGAGUCCUCCCGCCAGUGCAGCUGUCGAUGGGGUAAUACUUGCACACGAUUCCAAAUACUCAGUCAUCACCGACACGCUUCUUCAAAGCGCCUGGUGGACGGUGGAUCUACAAACACAAUAUCAGUCAGCAAGGGUUACCCUGUACUUCAGUACAUACUACAAGUCAAGACGUAAUGGCGUGCAGCUCUACACAUCUGUGACAAAUUCCUCUGCUCCCGAAGAAGGAAAUAUAUGCCACAGUGUAACAGGACGUCCUAACGGUACAGACAUCCCUGAUGUGCUGAAUGUCACCUGUCCCGAGACUUGGCGCUACCUGACUGUCUACACAGAGACUAACAAUGAUGGACAUGGUGCUCUAUUAGAAUUUGUUGAAGUACAGGUGUGGGCAUGCGCUUCUGGGUAUUAUGGAUCAAACUGUGACCAAUCCUGUGCUGCACGUCACUGCAAGUCGGACUCCAGCUGUGACGUCAUAGGACUGUGUGUUGGAGGAUGUGCGGCUGGAUAUCAGGGAACAGACUGUACUCAAGCCUGUGAUCCUGGGAGAUAUGGAGAAGGAUGUAGCAAGUACUGCGGGAGGCGUCGCUGUAAGACACCAUCUGACACAUGUGAUCACGUGACUGGCAGGUGUCCUGAUGGGUGUGCAAGUGGUUUCAUCGGAACUGACUGUUUGCAUACGUGUACCAGUAUGAUGUACGGCCCUAACUGUGCCAGUAACUGCAGUUCCCGACACUGUAAGACACCCUCCUCUACAUGUGACAGAGUGACAGGACAGUGUCCUGAUGGGUGUGAAGAUGGAUGGACAGAAAUAGACUGCUCUAGAACGUGUACCGAGAGGUUGUACGGCCCUAACUGUACCAGUAACUGCAGUUCCCGACACUGUAAGACACCCUCCUCUACAUGUGACAGAGCGACAGGACAGUGUCUUGGUGGUUGUGAAGAUGGAUGGACAGAUAUAGACUGCUCCAGAAAGUGCCCCAGUGGAACGUAUGGCACCAACUGUAACAAAACCUGUGGCCAUUGUGCUAACAACAACACUUGUCAUCAUGUUACUGGAAUAUGUCCAGAUGGAUGUCAAGCAGGGUGGAAACUUGACCUGUGCCAGAAAGGUUGUGGCAAUGAGAAAUUCGGAGUGAACUGUGAGAGUGACUGCGGCCACUGUAACGGAACCUGCGAUGCUGUUGAUGGACGAUGUCUCUGGGGAUGUACUGAGGGAUACAAUGGUUCUCACUGCUCGAUGAAGCUUACUCUACUUAAGAAGCCAAACCAGUCCGGGUUCCCGGUAUCAGCUGUGGUGGGAACAGUCGCAGGUUUACUUGUUGCCAUCGUAGUCAUCGUUGUUGUUGUUGUCUUUGUCAGAAGGAGGAGACAGAGGUUUCACGAUGACGACAUCAAUAAACAAGUUGCAGAGUUUCACCCUAAAGUACAAGAGAACAGCAUUUAUGAGAACGUAGCUCUAGAUGAGAGAACGACAGAUAAUCAGGAACCACCAAUAAAGCCCAAACCUGCUACACCGGCCCCGUCAGGUACGCCGCAUGAUGCUAGAGACAAGGAUCAGGAGGAGGAAGACUUUAAUGAAGAUGUUCAAUCUCCUGACAACUGUUACUAUAACACAGGCGCCGAUGCCGCCAUAAAAAACGUCGCAGUGUCAGAACUAGCUGCGACGGUGGCAACACUUAGGGAGAGAAAAGAUGGAUUUGCAAAGGAAUAUCACCGACUACCAGCUGGGUUCACGGCGCCGUAUCAAGACUCCCAGAAACCCGAGAACAGCGGCAAGAACAAGUUCAGAGGCUACUACCCUUACGACCAUAACCGAGUCCGCCUGACACCCCUCCCAGACACUCCCGGGUCUGACUACAUCAACGCAAGUCUCAUGCACAGCUACAACCAGAGAAAGACAUAUAUUGCAUCUCAAGCUCCCAACAAGAAGACAGUGGGCGACUUCUGGAGGAUGAUCUGGGAACAUUCCUGCAGCGCUGUGGUCAUGUUGACUGGUCUCACGGAGGAGUCUAGGGUCAAAUGUGAACGAUACUGGCCGACAGAUGGCGCCAUGAUCAUUGGUCUCUUCAAGAUAGAGGUGGAGGUAGCACAAAGCCGCUCGAACUUCACAACGAGACACAUGAAAGUCACGUCCAACACUACCGGAGAGAGUCGGACAGUUGUCCAGUUCCACUUUACAUCCUGGCCUGACCACGGUGUUCCUGACACUCUCGCUCUCGUCAGCUACAUCUGGCUGGUCAGACAGACAGUUGCAGAGACAGAUGGGCCUCUACUUGUCCACUGCAGUGCGGGUAUUGGGCGUACAGGCACAUACAUCGCCGUGGACUCCCUGAUAGACCAGGCCCGAGGGGAGGGGGUGGUGGAUGUCUUUGGGUACGUGUCAGCCUUGAGGGGACAGAGGAAGAACAUGAUACAGACUCCAGCACAGUACGAGUGUGUCUUCCUCUGUCUGGUGGAGAUGACGACAUAUGGCUGCACCAGCAUGGACGUCUCUAACUACACCAACAGCUACAGCUGCAGCGGCAUGGAAACCACCAUGGACGGCAAGACUUUCAGACAGUUGUCAGAGAUGCUAGUGUUAGAGACGCGAGAAGAUGCUCCGACCCGACACAGAAUGUGGGUGGAUGGUAAUGCUGACUUCAUUGUCCGUGUGGGGCCGUCACUGACGUGUCUAAGGGGGUACCUGCAAGCCUCUGCUCCACCGCCGGAAUUGGUAAAGUUGUUGUGGAAACUGGUAGAAGAGAACGAUGUCCACAACAUCAUCGUCGUCACUCCAGACAUUGAGCUUGUUGAAGCAGAGGGCAGGUCAAAGACGCAUGGGGAGAUUACUCUGACAACAACGAGUCAAACCAGCCUGUCGACAGACGUCACCAUGAACAACUUGCAGCUAGCUACAAAAGCAGGCAGCCCACGGCAAAUCAAGAUGGUCGACGUCAAUGCAAGCUUAACUAUGGGAGUUAUGACAUCACAUUUGUUGAACCACGCCCAACUGCAAGAAAUAUCAACUCAACCCCACCCUGUUGUUGUUGUUCACAGCGACACUGACCGAAAGCUUGCUGUCUCACUCUGCAUUAUGGGUAAUAUUCUGUCCGGUAUUCGUGAGGAAACUCGUGUCGACGUCAUCGGUCACGUGAGGACAUUUCUCAGAUGUUGCCCUGACUUCCGGUUCACCCAGAGUGAUGUGCAGAUGUUUCAUGACUUCGCCCAGCAGUGUAUCCUGAGAACAGACCCAGCAAAUACCUAUGCCAACAUCUGAACGUAACAUCAAACAGUCCUAAUGGACCACAUUAAACUAGUACCUGUGCUAAAAUCCGAACCUACGGCCAAACAAUGCAGUCCGCAAACCCUGAUGCCAGAAAAAUAUCAUUGUCUAUAUUGUAUCCAAAGAACUCCAUUUAACUUGCAGUUGUUAUCUCUGUGUCGUAAUCAUGCUGCAUUAUUGCAAUGUUAAUAUACACCAAAUGUUAUGUUUCUUAUUUAUGUAAUAAUACGACUCCAAACCACAGUAAUUAAUGAAGGAUUUCACUUUUCAAGUACCCAUAUAGGUUUUUUCACGGAAUCAAUAAUUUCACAUAGAUGCGUACUACUUCCACAUAACUUUACAUAGAUGCGUACUACUUCCACAGACUUUUACAUAGCUGCGCACAACUACCACAGAAUUUCACAUGGAUUCGUACUCGUUCCACUACAUUGCACAUAGAUUGCUCCCAGUUCCACAUAAUUGCACAUUGAUUCGUAAAAGCUUCACGUACUUUCUCAGUCAGCAUCUGUGAUUGAGCGCUCUUUGUCGCUGCAAACUUCGUCAAUGUAGUCAUAAACAAUAUGCUUUUAAGGGGAACCAACAAGAUCAUCAUCUAAAUUUAAACUGAAUAUCUUGUCGCAGGCCUGUGAUAUGGCUACUACAAAUGUUAUGAAGUAACUGUUCUGUACAUAUAUUGACGCCGACAUCACGCUACUGUUUUAUUUGCUUAUCGACAUUUGUAACAGGUUUAGGUAACAUGCUCUGUAUAUGUAGAUAGGAAUUAAAACAAAUAUGUAUAAUGUUUACACAUCAUAUUUGUGCGCGAUGUAUGUACAUCAUGAAUGUACGUCUAUACGUCAUAUAAGUACGACAUCAAAGACAUACUUCAUGGAUGCUCAUCGUUGAUGUACUUAUAUGUGUGGGCAUGAGCAUUCCCCAACCAACCCCCAACCCCAUUACGUGUAGUUUUCCCUCUCCCUCCACAUUAUUUAUAACAUAUCCGAUAUGCGUUAGAUCGUUAUAUUCGAGUUGCUUAUGUGUGGAGGUUUGUUUUAGCUGGUAAAAAGUCUGCGUUAAGAUGUCAAUUGAUAUUGAAACAAAUAGUAUUUUAAAUAUUCUCACUAUCAAAUCGUUGUAUUUAAUCAAUUCUGUUUUUUUAUAUGUAAAUGUAAAGUAUAGUUCAUUUAGUAUACACUGCCAAACACUUCUAUAUUGUUUUUUCAUGACCAAUUUUUUAUCGCCAAUGAAUUACAUCCAAGUAUUUCACCAGGCACGCUCGGACAUGAAGGUGGAUCGGUUCUCAGGAGUGCGUUUGUCAGAUCCAGUUCUUCUUUAAAAUACAUUCAAAAGUUCACUUCAGGCUCUGUUGUGAAGCUUUUCCCUGAAAACAAACAUUCGAAACUGAGAUAUUUUCACUGAUGAGGAACGCGCUGGUACACUCUCUCUACUGUCUAAUCAAAGGGUAAAUAUUUCACCAGUAGGUAUAACUCGUUAGUAUGUACCAAGCAAAGUGCUUUUCUAUCAAGAGUGUUGUACUACUUUCAUUUAAUGGUCUCUUCGUUUCAAAAGGUGCAUCUAAUAAUGUCGUAUUUUGGCACCGCUGUAUCCUAUGCAGCAUAUGACCACACUCUGAUCUCCUAGGCAACGAAAUAUCAUUUAAUCAAUGUACGGUAGUAGUUCAUUUGUUAUUUUGGAGUAUUACAUACCCAUGUGAAUAGAAUAACUAACAGGAAGCGAUUGUAUGCCUAUUCAAGUCUUUAGCAGGGCUAUUACAAACGUGUAUGGUAAACGUAGGUGGAGAUCAUUUGCAAAUUGACGCAUCCCUACUUGACUUGCAUCAAACGUACCCUUGCGUUCAGGUAAAUGUUUGACUUGCCUUUGCAUGUGUUAUAACUUGCCGUUUUUAUAACUUUUUAAAUUUCACUGUCGUGUGUGAAUAGGCAGACAUCUACGCGAUCAACAGCAUAAUCCAGUUGAGUCAAACGCAAUACUACUUCAUACAUGUCAUUUCGUGACACGUAUUAAUUAAAUACCAUUCAACGGCCUACCUUUAGCAUUAAUCUAUUAUACUGCUGAGGUUCGUAUAACUUCCGAUACCUUAACAUAGACUGUCGUCGCUACGAUCGCCUUGCGGAACGGGGCCCUGCACCACCAGGUUUACAACCACGUCACAAUACUCCAUGACGUAAUUUGUGAAAUUUUGUUCCAAGACACACCGGCGAAACAAUACCAUGUGACGUCAACCUGGCAACACGCAUGCUGCGGUCAUCGAAUGUGCAAAAGCUCUUCCCAGUGAUCCAUCAUCUCUGCACGCAAUGUUGUUGAAUUAGCCAAGAGAUGUUAAGAGUUUUCAAUAUUUAUUUGUGAAACUUGUACUCGCAAACAAUAAGACCGCGCUUUGUUAUUAAACACUGUGUAAUGCCAGCUUAUUGUUUUUAAACGGGUGAUCUCUUCACUGGCGAGUAGUAAAAUGGUUUGUAAAAUAUGAAAAAGAUGGAGUGCAUAUACUUUCUUCCGAGUGUAUUAAAUGUCCACAUAGAGGCAUUUAACCCACAGUUGCCAGUAAUAUGUGUUCUUAGUAUGGCGAUGUGUUCUGCCACUCAUGUACCAGGCUCCUUCCCAGCGCGUGACACCUUCGUUACACUCUCGGUAACACCGCUGCCGCCAUAAUGGGCGCGGCCAUUACAAGAAUCUUAAAAUGUACACUCUAAUCCCGAAUGUAGUAAUGUUUAUACUUUUGUUUAUGUCUUUGGGAAUGCUGUCAUAGUUAGUCUUGAAAAAGUUUACGACUGACCAUAUUUCCCAGAUGAAUAUACCUUCCUGUUUGUUUGAUCAGAUUGGUUAGAGUUGCAGACGAACUGAUAAGCAACCAACUUCGAUCUUACAAGUCUUACCAAUUACAUGAUAGUUGUAAUGAAACAGAAAUUCAAAUUGACGAACAUAGAAAAUAAAAUAGCAGAGGUAAGACUAUUCGGCGUCACGAAAGUCAUCACUUGACUUUGCUUUCAGGUGGACAAGUGGUUUGUUACGGGUGCCACCGGUGGCGCAGGAUACGCUCAACUUUUCCGCGAAUACCUGGUAUAAUCACUUUUUGAUAGUGAUUCAUUAACAUGUCCUCGUACUCUGUUGUUGACAGAGCUUUCUAUUACUAUUCCUAGAAACUAAUACCUGUUACAAGUUUGGAAAUUUUAAGUUAUUUCCGAGUAACGCCUACUUUUUUAAGAGUAUAUUUGGUAUCCAGAAUGGUGCACCAGCGACAUGAAGGCCAUGGCCAUGAUACUUUUGUUGGAUAUGUUUUACUAAUGUAACAGUUUAUUAUGUAUAUAUUAACCCGGGUUUUUUAUAACACGUUGUCAGCACUUUCAGGACAAUGUCUAUAGCAUGAUUCUCUUCAUCUGUACCGGGAUAUUGAUAUAUGAUUGCCCUACGGGUCUGGUGCACAAGUGUGCACCUCCCGCAUCUAAAAUAUUCCUUCCCAAAUUGCCUCUGCACAUUGUUCAUUUCCGUCCCAGGCGCAAAGUGAGAUGAAGUUCGAUUUUACCUGUAAUUUAUUCGAGGACAAUACACUGUCAGGGGAUGUUUUGUCACGAGAUCAUCACAGGGUUACUUCAUCAAGACAAGAUCUUCAUCGUAUUGCAACAUCUGCACUCACUCUUUGGCGCAUCUGAAGAUCCUCCCAUGUUCAAACAUGUCUAUAGCGUUUACAUGUAUGUAAAUAUGUAUAUAUUGAAAGAUUCCGAGUGUUUGUCAGUAGCAAAAAUAGUGCAUUGUUCGUCCUGAAAAUAAUCAGACCACCUUCAAAUUAAAAAUUUCAACGCCAGAUUAUAAGAUUGUUACAUAAGAUUAUUUGCAUAUUUGAUUAUUUGCAUGCUGAAUAUUUAUAGUCAGCAAAUAAAGUGUUGGACAUUGUU